CAAUUUAGAUCAUAUUAAAGAAAAAUUAAAUUAAAAUUUCGAAACAAGUGUACUAAAAUAUAAAAGAAAAUUUUUCAAAAUUAUAAUAUGAACAUACGUGGAAAGAGAGGAAAGAAGGAAACUCAAAAGAAAAAACGGAAAGAGAAAUAAAGGUGAAAUUCGAUCUGGGUUUUUCUCUAAAUGGAUCAUCCUUCAGGUUCAAUUAGUUUUGACAAUAAUUUGACACCAUUGGAAUUAGAACUAAAACAGAUUCUAGAAGGGGAUAUGAGUGACUUACAAAGAGGGAAAAUGUUGUUAGAGUUGGAUCUUAAUAAUCCACCAGUUGCUUUUGACUAUGGAAGAUCUCAUCAUGCUAAUGUGCAUAAUCAUCAUCAUCAUCAUCAUCAUCAUCAUUUCGGAAGAUCUCAUUCGGUUGUUCCUAAGGAUUUCGAGGUCAUCGAUGAUGAUGUUGCUAUAAUUUCCUCAAGAAUAUUUGCUGAAGCAAAAAACAAUCCCAGCCGAAACCUUGAGGUGAGAGAGGUGGCUGAGGUAGGAACCGAAGUGAACACUAGCCGUGCAGCUGCUUCAACUUCGUAUCCGAUUCAGCGCAACAAGCGUAGAAGAUUAUUGAGAAAUCAAGCAGUUUUGAACUGGGAGCUGUACAUGAAUUCAGAAGAGAGUCCCAAAGUUGAUCAGAUAAAGAAUGACCCGCCCAUACUUGCAGCAUCUGAGAUAGUAGCACCACCACCGCCGCCACCACCCCCACCAGUACCAUCCUUCAAUUGCCCGAUUUGUAUCGGUCCAAUGAGUGAAGAAACAUCUACAAAAUGUGGUCACAUUUUCUGCAAAAAAUGCAUUGAGGCAGCAAUUAAAGUUCAGCACAAGUGCCCGACAUGUCGCCACAAGCUUAGAAUGAAAGACAUUAUAAGGAUCUACCUUCCUACCAGCAUCUAAAUGAGAACUCAUAAUUGCCAAGCAUUAGGUAUUGUGUUGGGGGGAAAUUAUACCAUUAUUUUGUGAAAUAUAUAUAUAACUCGACGAAGAAGAAGAAGACGAUUGUUGUUCGGUGAGGGUUGCUAUAUCUAUAACUCGAUAGGUUUUGGUUAGCUGGAUUUUGUAUUUGUAUAGUUUAAAAGAACUUACUUACUCCUUCAAAUCUUCAAAUAUUCAAUUGGGUGGGGUUUCUUAAACAUUUCUUACACAACAACCUUAAUACAACUCUUUGAAAGUGUUGAAGAGGUGUAGUAGGUAUUUGUUUUGGAAUCUUGGGGUUAGUUAGAUUUGCUAAUAAAGGAGUAUUUAUAUUAUAUUAA